AGGCCGUCAAGGCCAGCCAGGAGCAGGGGGACCAGCUCCAGGAGCUCUCGCGGUCCGCCCGUUCCUUCGAGGGUGCCGCCACGCUCCAGCGGGCCGCCGACGCCCGGGUGGGCAGCCUGGAGGCGCUCACCGAGGAUCUGGCCGCAGAGCUGGGGGCAUUGAGGACGGCGGUGGCGGCUUUGCAGGCGGACGAGGCUCGCUGGCAGCAUAGGGCGGAGGCCUCGGGUCUCCGGAUAGAGGUGCCGGCAACGCUGCUGGGCACCGCUGGCAGGACUGCGAGUUCGGUGACUGUUGACGUGGACCCUCCGCCAGCCGCCGUCGGCGAGGAGGAGCCUCGCGGGGCCGGCGAGGACGAGCUGUCGGUGCUGCGACUGGACGUGGAGGACCCCCGCUGGCGGCCGCUGGCCCUCAUCGGCGACGGCCCGUCUGGCCCUGGUGGCGCUGGCGGCGGCGGCGCAGCUGGCCACUCGCGCAGGCCGCCGAGCCGAGGUGCUGUAAUCAGAGGCUGCCCGCCAUGGCGCGAGCGGGGCGACGCUGGCAGCGCCUCUGCCAGCGCGCGCGAGCCGUCCGCUGGCCGCGGCCGAGGCGGUCGCCGCGCACGUGCGCCGAGGGGUGCCAGCUCCCUCGCCCUGGCGCCCGAUGGAGCCAUGGAUCCCGAGGAGACCCAGCUCACUCAGCUGGUGGCGCUGCUCCGUCUCAGCGGCGAGGGCCCAGAGGCGGCCAAAUACCAGGCGAGGCUCGACGCGUUCAGGGCGCAGCGGGAGGCCAGGCCCAUGUCCGUCGACGAGGCCGCCAAGGCCAAAGACGCGGCGGCCGAGUCGCUCCAGGCCGCCCUGCAGAAGGGCGACUGGCAGGCGGGCUACCCCUUCAGGACGACCAACGACCAGGACCCUGAGCGCAGGCGGGCGCUCGAGCUGCAGUGGGCUCUGGACCAUGAGGAGUGGGUGCGCCAGCUGGCGGAGCCCUUCAUCGUUCUCACGAUGACCCUGCAGUGGUUGGCUCCUACCCCCCUGCUCCUGCCCCGGACGAUCAACGACAUCGGGCGGCUGAUGGUCAGGCAGCAGCUCGUCGUGGUGAACCCCCCGUGGCCUCCGAAGCCGGCCCUUCAGCCCACGCUGUCGGCUCACAGCCUCCACGCGGUCCUGGGCCGCCAGGGCCAGGGCAUCCUGGAAAGGCUCGCGGGCCCCUCUUCAGUCACCGCGGCCGACCCUGGCCUGAGGCGGCAUCCGACGCGCGGCCGCUGGAGCCGCCCGGCGAGAGGCCUCCCGGAGACGCACAGCUGCCCGGGGGCCUCCGAGGCCCCUGGAGGCUGCAGAAGUCUGACGCCCGCGCAGGGCGCGCACUGGACCGCGAUGGGAGUCGCACGCGACCCCGAGAUGCUCGAGCGCCAAACGCCCUGCAUGCAUGGAUCAACAGAACGCGUCCUCGACGUCCCGUACGACACCGGGGACCUCCCCACGGCCGUGCCAGUGUCAGACUUUCACCAAAAGCAGACCUGCGCAAUGGGCUUCAAAUCGGCGCCCUAA